AUGUACAGAAAAAUGUUUUCACUUUUAAAAAGUAAUGCGAUAAUGGAUUUUUGCACGGAUUUUUUUUAUCAUGCUUAUAUCUAUCUUGUAAAUUUUUGUCGCGAAUUUAAAAAUAUUUUUGUUAACACUUACACGGAAGAUUUGCCUAAACUCAAUGUCAAUUUUAAUUUAGUUGACCGGUUCAAACCAGAGCAAUCUUUCUUGAGUGGUUUCUUCACGUUGGCUCCUUUUGUCUUGUUGGUUUAUUUGCUGCUUGUCUCCUGUCGGCAGAUUUUCGGCUUCCGAAGAAAAUCGCACAAUAUUAAAAAUGAAGUAGAACCGCUUUUGAAGUCUAAGAAAUUAAUAGUUGAAACAUUGUUUAAAUCUGCAUAUUCGGAUCUCAAAUCAGCACUAAAUGAUCUGGAAGAUUAUUCAACUGAUUUUGAAGAUGAAGGAAAACAGAAUGCAUUGUUUGUGCAUGAUACUACUGAAUCAAUACUCAAAUACAUUAAAAUGAAAAUCAAAUACCAGUAA